AUGGCCGACGUCGAGGACGUCCGCAGUCCCAAUUGGAACACUUACAAUGUGCAAGCGAGGACUCUGGAUGCUGCCCGCACAACCGAGUCCGGCUCUGGCGGUGAAGGACGUCCAUCAAAGAGAUUGCAAAAAGACUCGUCCAACAGUGUGAUACCCUCGCGACCAAGCGAGCCUACACCUUUAGCAGGCAUCAGACCUGACCCGUUUCCUACACCUGCAACCAGAAGAAGGCAGUCUUCAGUUAAGGAUCAUACGUUCAAAGAGCAGAGAGCUUCGCACGCACCCAGCGCCCUACAGGCAUCUCCAUCAAAGCGGCUGGCCCAUAGCGGCCUUCCAAACCCACAAGCUCCGCAACGGACAAUCGCGUCCAAUGCCCAAAAGGAGCCCCAUUCCAGACAAUCCUCCAUCAACAAUACCUCAAGAUUCAGCUUCGCCUCAACGGCUACUACAAGCAAACGGGAUACCUCGCAGUCAUCCGGAUCCUUUGAUUUCCUCCCGCCCAUCAACUUCGAUGACCUUCAUUCUAGCAUUGCCUCCGAUGAGCCCGACAUUUCUUCUUUCCCGGCGCCCGGUGGGUCUUCAAAGGAUGUGGCGGCUAACGCGAAUGGAUCUGCUUUAACGGCUCCACGACCUGGCGUCCCUGGAUCCGCCAAGACAGCAGACGCAUCGGCUUUUGGCUCUCGGAUUGCCCUUAACGGCUCAUCGCUGCAUCGACACAACAGUACUACACAGCGAAUAGGGCAAAAGACUGCAGAGUCGGAUAGCAUGGCGCCUCCAAACGGUCUAGCGGUAGCAAGAGCUAGGCGCAAGACUUAUUUUCCAGCUACAACUACUGGUGAAGGUGCAACACGCUCGCCUCGGAAAUCUGUUGGUCCUGGCGUCCUUAUGAAUUUUGAGGGUACUACACAUCCACAUCGAAGGCCGAGUCUAGCGCAAGCUGGUCUUAGAGAAGCGAGCAUUGCUGUCGAUAGUCCGGAACCUGCAGCAAGUCCAAACGUCUCCGAAGGGCACAGUUUCCAGCCAAGCCGGUACAACAAGACUAAAUUGAUGCAACCGCCUCCAAGUAAAGUAUCUGCACAGGAACAAUUCUUUACACCCAGUGGUACCCCAGACCAGACACCGUCAACUCCAGUCAGCACUGCCAGAUCACCAGCAAGACCAACUUUCCAAUUGUCGAACACUCCAUCGUCAAGCAAUAAGAGGGUCUCCAUGAUGCCCGGCAGUGCGCAUGCCACAGGUUUAGGAGCGCGCACAAUCAGUCCGACCGAUGCGCGCAGAUUGAAGAGGAUGUCCAUGAUGCCGAAUCCACCACCAAUGCCAUAUACGCCACCCACUCCACAGGCUGAUCCUCAGUCUGACCCGUCGCCCCCUGUGAUACCACGCAAAAGUGAAACGCCAACUUCCUCUCGAACGACUCCAGACCCCAACCGUAAGUCAUACAGUUCAGGCCUCUCAAAUUCGUCGACUACGAGCUACAACUCUUGUUUAGCCUCUUCCGGCUCGCAUCGUAUGUCCCAAAGCCUUUUGACCUCGCGGCUUCCUACGCCUAAGACGCGGGGCGAUAAUUCAUCGGUAGGCGACGAGGAAUCUGUGCCGCCAGUCCCAGCAAUACCGAAAGCCUACGAGUCUCCCAAGACGGAAGAUGAUCAGACACCUUUCUUUGCUACACGUAAGUCAAGCCAGGGCCACGAGGCCAGCAGUCUCAACAGUAGCACCUCUAUUCCUGGUGUGGUACCACCACAAUCUGUCCAUGAACGAAAUAAAGAUGACCGAGAAUUGCAACAAAGUCAGGUUACCAAUGUUGAAACAGAGCCUGCAACAGAAAGGAAACCACCUGACACAAAAAGUGCAAACAAACGGACCUUGCAACCGCUGAGACUGCCACCACUAAAUCUUCUUCCGUUGAGCACUUCGACUGCUUCAAAAAUUGCAGCUCUGCAUGAUGCGACAGCGGCUGCGAAGAACAAGGGAACCAUGACUCCACCACCUAAAGUUGGUGCUAAAGCAAUACCGACCACACCAAUGACUGCAUCUAAAGCUAGCUUCUCAAGAGGCUAUCACGACGAUGAUAAUGCGACAAUGCCAGUACAGAUCCGAAGCAGUAGUUCUCAUUACAACAUGAGGCCCGAAGCCCUUUCUUACCGUGACGUCAGUAGCUCGAGUACCACCGUUCCAACGCCAUCCGACUCCUUCGCCUUGUCUGCUAGCCGUACAGCCAUGUCCCCUUUCGUCUCUUCUUCACUACCAAAAUCAAGUGGCGAAUAUGGCUAUGGACUUGAGAAAUCGAAUACCUUCGAUAUCGGCGCCGAUGCAAGGCCGAUUCGAUUGACUGGUCCACGCUUGCAGAAACCCAGAAAAGCCUCCAAGGAUGAUGCAUCAAGCAUGGACACCACAAGCUCUACUGAUGCUGGCACCACUUCCUUUGGGAGCUCUCUCCGCCGCAAGUUGAGCUUGACACGCAAGCGAAGCGCUUCGAAAGCGCAGACAGCAGCAGAGAGAGAUGCAGAUAUACCACCAAAGCCGCCGAAGCAUGAUGACAUGCCUCCGCCUAAACUCCCUGCUUCUGCCACCUGGAAUGGUUCACUAUUUUCUAGCCCUAGCCCGAGCCAGAAAAGUAUCCAAUCGCGAGCCACAAGGAACACGUCUAAUUCCAGCAUCAAGAUGCAGCACGAUCGGACUAGGAGCAGUACUUUGGACACUGCUGAAACUCCUCAGAAGGAUCCCAGACCUCCAGAGACGCCUGCUGCUAAUUCAAAAAGAACAGCCCGGGCCGCUCUUGAAGGGGCGCCGAUUCACAACUCUAUGAGUUUGAAGGAUUUCUUGCGUGAAGCCAAGACCAUGGAGAUGCAGCUCGACCGCGAUGAUUUGUCGGCGGAAGAAGAAAUGAGGAGAUUAGCAUCGAAACGGAAAGAGACGGAAAAGGCUGCUAAAGAGGUCGAUGGUUUGAGGCGAAGGGCCACUGCCAAGGAGAGAGUAUCGCCACAUUCAGCGCUGCGGAUGGCGCAUUUCAACAUAUUCGAGCGUGGCGAGAUAGUGGACUACAAGGAUGUCUAUUUCUGUGGUACACAGGAUGCUCAGAAGCAUGUCGGAGACUUGAGUGCAGACGUGGCCAAUUUUGGAUAUGACGAUGAUCGGGGAGACUACAAUAUCGUGAAUGGUGAUCACCUAGCUUACCGUUAUGAGAUCGUCGACAUCCUUGGCAAAGGCAGCUUUGGGCAAGUCGUGCGCUGCAUAGAUCACAAGACAGGUGUUCUGGUGGCUAUCAAGAUCAUAAGAAACAAGAAGAGGUUCCAUCAACAAGCGCUCGUUGAGGUCGACAUUCUGCAGAAGCUGCGAGAAUGGGAUCCCCAAAGCAAACAUAGCAUGGUCAACUUCGUGCAGAGUUUCUACUUCCGCGGCCAUCUAUGCAUCUCGACUGAGCUUCUAGGCAUGAACCUCUACGAGUUCAUCAAGGCUCACGAAUUCAGAGGGUUCUCAUUAAAGCUCAUCAGGCGCUUUGCCAAGCAACUGUUGAGCAGUCUCGUUCUUUUGAAAGGUCACAAAGUCAUCCAUUGCGACCUCAAGCCCGAGAAUGUGCUCCUGGCGCAUCCUGCUCGCUCUGAAAUCAAGGUCAUCGACUUCGGCUCAAGCUGCCUUGAAAAUGAGAAGGUGUAUACCUAUAUACAAUCUCGUUUCUACCGGUCUCCUGAAGUCAUUCUGGGCAUGACAUAUGGCAUGCCAAUAGACAUGUGGUCACUAGGCUGUAUUCUUGCCGAGCUCCUCACGGGCUACCCUAUCUUUCCGGGCGAAAACGAGCAAGAGCAAUUGGCUUGCAUAAUGGAGGUUUUUGGCCCGCCUGAAAAGCACCUAAUCGAAAAGUCGACUCGCAAGAAGAUCUUCUUUGACUCUCUGGGCAAACCACGUCUCACUGUCUCAACAAAAGGCAAACGCCGCCGCCCCAGUAGCAAGUCUCUCCAGGCGGCGCUCAAAUGCGAAGAUGAAUCCUUUCUCGACUUCAUCACUCGCUGCCUUCGGUGGGACCCUGAUCGCCGCCUCAAACCUGACGAAGCUAUACAGCACGAGUUCAUCACCGGCAAACCCACGAAAUCUACCGCUCGUCCUCGCACGGCUCCCUCACAGCAGACCUCGUCGCCCAUUAAACGCUACAACUCCAUAACGCAAACACCAGCUAGCACGCGCCCGCUGCCCGAGCCUCCCGCUACCAGCUUCAAAAAUGGCACCGCUGUCCGGAACCGCGAUAUCACCAACACUAGCGUCAACAAUAGCCAAUCACCCAUCAAAGCUGCCGUCACUGCGGCAGCUCCGAAGAGGCUUUCCACUAUGACUGGGCCACAAACCAACGGCAACGGCGUUGGCAUGAAGAGGACGCUGAAUGGAGCUGCGGUACAAGGGAGUGCCCUACCGAGGGUUGCAAGCACGCCGCGUAGUAUGGGGACUAGUAAAGGCGUGGACCUAGGGACGGCUGCAGCUGCAGCUGCAGCGAGUUUAGCGACGAAGCAGUCCCGGGUCAGUUGA